CAUACCGUCAGUUGCCGACUUUAUCCGUGGAUAACUCGACAACUCAACUAUUAUACGUUGAGUGGUGAGUGCAGUCUCACAGGAUUCGCGCGGCUUUGCCUUGACUCGCGACUCGUAUCGCGAUCACUAGCCUCAGUCGCGUUUUGCGCGUCGACGUGCAAGUGUGUUCUGUUUUUUCCGUACGCUUCUAUACUUUUUAUCAAAGCCGCUUACUUUUCAUUAUCUUAUAUUGAAGAUAAAAAUUAAUAAAUUAAGUGCAUGCAGUUGUAAUAAAAAUUUUUCUUCUUUAUCUCAAAUGUAUUCCUCCAUAAUUAUAUUCACGUACUUGAAUGGUAUCAAGAUUUUCGUGUUAAAACUUUUGUACAACACUAGACACUUUACAAAGCUCUCAGUAAUACUGUCAAAGGACAUUCGGUUGAAUAAGUUUGUCAACUUAUAAGAAGUUAUAAAGUGCCGCAUCAUAGGUAAUUCAGAAAAUUUAACAAAGUUUCAAUGGAAUUAAAAUGCUUCAAUUCACGCUAUUAGAAGGAAGAAUCUUCAAUUACAAAACUUUCGUCACAUAAAACAAAUAUAUGUGUUACAUAAAUUAAUAGUGAAAAAAAAUUUUCCAAGUGUUUUCUUGCAAAUAAGUGGCAAUGGCUAAGAAAAUAUAUAAAUUAUAUAUCUAUAUAUAAUUAAUUGCAAAUGUUAUUAGAGUAUUUUAGUGAUUGGAAGUAAUAGUUGGGAAAGAAUAUUAUAAAUCAUAAUAGCAAUAGUGAGAAGUUUGAAAAUAAAAAUAAAAAGGUGGAGGUGCUUCUGGCGAAAGAGGAAGAGACGGAAAGAAGGUGAUUGAGGUAGAAUGGGAAAAAACCUAAGGACGGGAAAUGAACUCAGGACAAGAUGAGGAGAAUCGAUUGGUGAUAUCACUUGAGCCACGUUCGAUUCUGGCUCGAGACACAACUAAGACAACAGAGAGAGAUGUCUACUGAUGAAACGGUCGCCCUGUUGUCCGGCGACAACGAGACCAUUUUAGAACUUGAUAACGAGAUUCUUGACGUUACCAAUGUCACCGAAGAACGCUAUGAUGUCACAUACGUUAUGCCAAAUACUUCGUCCAUGUUUGAGGUCAACGCCACCACUGAAAUUGACUCUUUCUACUUUUACGAGACAGAACAAUUUACAUUACUGUGGUUAUUAUUUAUUGUGAUAGUUGUUGGUAAUCUCUCAGUGCUGGUGGGUCUGUUAAUAGGAAAGCGACGAAAAUCACGAAUGGACUUUUUUAUUAAGCAACUGGCCAUCGCUGAUUUACUCGUCGGUUUAAUUUCAGUACUGACGGACAUUGUGUGGCGAGUUACGAUAAUAUGGCAUGCAGGCAACAUCGCUUGUAAGCUCAUCAAAUUUUUUCAAGUGGUUGUGACGUACAGUUCAACUUAUGUGUUGGUUGCACUCUCGAUUGACAGAUACGAUGCCAUUACCCGGCCGAUGAAUUUUUCCGGAAGCUGGUGGAGAGCAAGAGCUCUAGUUGCAUCUGCUUGGGGAUUAUCUGUGGUAUUUAGUAUUCCAAUUAUUUUUCUUUAUGAAGAAAAGCUUAUUCAGGAAAAAAAACAAUGUUGGAUAGACUUAGGCUCGCCUAUAAAUUGGCAAAUUUACAUGAGUAUAGUUAGUUUCACAUUAUUUAUAGCACCUACUGUAAUUAUUUGUGGUUGUUACUUGGUAAUCGUAACAACAAUUUGGACACAAAGCAGCGCGUUACGUCAGAGCCCGAUGCGCGAUGACAGACGGGCAUCAUCUAGGGGAUUAAUACCUCGGGCUAAGAUCAAAAGUGUGAAAAUGACAUUCGUUAUUGUUUUCGUUUUUGUUUUAUGUUGGAGUCCAUAUAUUGUGUUCGAUUUACUUCAAGUAUAUGGCUAUGUACCAAAAACACAAACCAACAUUGCAGUGGCAACAUUUAUUCAAAGUUUGGCACCAUUGAAUUCAGCAGCGAAUCCAAUAAUAUACUGUCUCUUCAGUACACCAUUUUGCAAGAACGUACGAAACAUGCAGGCGGUUUCCUGGGUUUCGGGACGGUGCUGUCCGUGUUCAUAUAAUUGCUUUAGCGCCAGUAAUAUUCGGAGGGGCACGACGAGAACGACAACAGUUACAACAUCAUUGACUGCUCAUUCGUCAAGAAGAAGUGGACAUAUUUCUAUGCUUCAUUCAGCGUCUAAGAAACACGUCAUGGUAUCCUUUGUCUAAAUUAUAUGAAUAGUAUUAUAUAAAUAAAUAUAUAUGAAUAUACCCUGAAACGUCGAUUAAAUAUGUAUAAAAAUCGUAAUAUCAAUUUAUAAAUCAACUGUCUUUAUAAAAUCAUCUUCGAAAAAUUUCAUUGUGAUUCUUGAUUAUAUAGGGGACGGGGUGGGCAAAACGGGCUACCCCUAAACUUUUAUAAAAAAAAAAUUAUAUUUUUCAAACAUUCCGAAAUCACUUUUGUAAAUAUAAUUGAGCAUUAUUUUGAAUUUUUUUUUGUUAAACUUUUUCAAAAAUCGAGUGUCAGUCGCAAAAUGUUAAUGACUUUUGUGUUACGAUAAGAACUAUAUUCAAAAAUUUCUUUUUUUCCUAAUGUAUGCAAUAAUUAUGUAUACAGUUAAAAAUAUUGUGUUUUUGUGUAUAAAAAUUCAAUAGUUAAAUAUUUUGUGUCAAUUAUUUGACACCACGUGUAAAUUUAACUAAAGUUGAAUGUGUUAUCUGAUCUCAUCAAGUUUUAAACCGGUGUUAUUUUUGGACAGAAGUAUAACGUGUUAAAUUAACACAAAAAAUUGAGUGGACCGUUUGGUGGGACAUGUGAUUUGUGUUAAAUUUAACAAAAAUUUCAAACUGUGUAAAAAGAUUUAACGUAUUUGAAUCCUCGAAAACUUAAUAAUGCCCCUUCCUCCCCAAUAUAUAUACAUUUUUUUUUAAUUUAAAACAAAAACCAAUAAUAUAACGAAUUGAUUUAUUUAAAUCAAUAUAGAUUAAUUAAAUCAGAUUUUAUUUAGAGAAUAUAAUUACUGCUCUUAUGUGUACAAUACAAAUUAUAUAAUCUCUACUGCAACUGAAUUAAAUUAAUUUUAUAUAAUUUAUAUAAUUGGGUCUAAUGAAUUUAUUUGAAUCCAUUACUUUCAAUUAAUUUAAUUCUUUUUUUUUUUAAAGAGAAAAUAAAAACAUGAUACUUAAAAAUAUUUAAUUGUUGUACCUUUAAUAUACAAUACGUAAUAUCACUACCAGUAUUUUUAAAUUUAAACUACUUUAAUAUAUUGUAUAGCAUUGUUCAUUUUAUUACAAGUACAAAAAUAAUAAUCAUUGUAAUCAAAAUAAAAGUGGAAAAAUAAUACGCUCAAAGUAUAAAUGUAAAUAAUAUAAAUAACGUUUAAAAUGAUAUGUCAUAUUAAUAGAGCUAAUGUUUGUUGUAAAAUAAUAUUAACUAAUUGUUUUUUAAACAGUGAAUUAUGAAACGAUUAAUUAAAAUUUGAAUUACGAUUUAAUUAUUGCAUGGUAAUAUAUAAUGAAUUAUGACAUCAAUUAUUUACUAUCAAUAUUGUCGUGUAAUUGAAAAUAUUAUUUGUUAUUUAUUUGUAAAUUAAAAUGUAUGUACAUUUAAGGAUAAAUAGCAUAGAUAUUUGUUAUGUACCUGGAUAU